AUGUCUGGACGCGGGAAGGGGAAGGGCAUGCGAUGGUCGGGGCAGGGUGGGGCAAAGCGGCAUCUUGUGAGGAUUCGUGGACCAGAUGAAGCGUUUCGGAGUAAGUUUAAGAAGGGAGCUAUCAAGCGGCUCGCUCGCCGUGCAGGGGUGGAGCGGGUGGGUGGAGUCGUCUAUGAGAGUGUUCGGGAGGUGAUGAAGAAGUUUAUGAGGAAGGUCAUCCGGGAUGCUAUCGUCUAUGCGCAUUAUGCCAACAGGAAGACGAUUACACUGAUUGAUGUGUUGCAUGCUCUGAAGCGACAGAGUCAGACGUUGUAUGGUUUCCAGUAG